GUAAUGCUUCUCUAAAUAGAUCGUAUUGUAAUCUUUCCUCAGUCCAACGUGGUUCCUUCAGAAAGUGUGGUGCAUCUUCUCCAGACUUCUGCGGUAUAUGAGGAGCCAGUGACAGUGAUGAACUCCGAGCAGGAAAGGCCGUUCGUGUGCAGCGCCCCGGGCUGCUCUCAGAGAUUCCCUACGGAGGAUCAUCUAAUGAUUCAUCGGCACAAGCAUGAGAUGACCCUCAAAUUCCCCUCCAUCAAAAAUGACAACAUGCUGUCAGACCAGACACCCACCCCAACGCGCUUCUUGAAGAACUGUGAGGAGGUGGGUCUCUUCAGCGAGCUGGAUUGCUCCAUCGAACAGGAGUUUUGCAAAGCUCAGGAGGAGGAGGACAACAAACAGAAUAUCAGUCUUCAUGGGCAGGGGGUCUCUAACCAGCACCAGCAGGCCCACUCAAGAAUGGCCAACCACGACAGCAGCAUAGUGAUCCAGCAGGCACUGCCUUCUCCUCAGUCCAGUUCUGUCAUCACUCAAGCCCCUUCCACCAACAGACAGAUUGGGCCAGUGCCUGGUUCCCUUUCCUCGUUGUUGCACCUGAGGAACAGACAGCGACAGCCACUGCCGGCCUCCAUGCCUGGCACGUUACCUGACCCGACUAUGCAAGGAUCGUCUGCUGUUCUGAUGCCUCUGGAGAGGCAAAUGUCUAUGGGCUCCAACAUGAUGGGCAUGCAAGGCCCCGCCCACAACAGCUCAUGCUCCUCCCCUCAUGUUCCAUCCAUGCACUCAGAGGCAAAGCUGAUGUGCUACGCUGCUGCUGCUGCUGCGGUGGCAGAGCAAGUACCGAGAUUUGCUACUGCCAAUACAUCCACAACAUGCUGCUGUGAGCAUAGACUGAAAGCUGCCCUUGCCCACCAUCCAGGGGGCAUGGCGAAUGGCAACAUGAACUCCAUGGGUCAUAUGAUGGAGAUGAUGCCAUCGCGGCAGGAUCAGGCUGGUCACCACCACCUGCACUCUCACCCUCACCAGCACAUGCAGGGUCCGCCUCACGGAUAUCCACACCAUGCCCACCACCACCCCGGCCAUGCACAGAGCACCCAUCACCACCCACAAAGCCACGGGCACCACAACUCCCACCCACCCCACCUGCACCCUGCACACGGACAUCAGACCUCUCCACACCAACCCAUGCACUCUGCUGUUUCACAGUUAUCUCCAGCUGCGCAGCAAAUGCAGCCGACGCAGACCCUUCAGUCCCCGCCGCCCAGCGGAGGUCGACGCAGACGGGUCAUGGACGAAGACCCCGACGAGCGCCGGAGGAAGUUCCUGGAGAGGAAUCGCGCAGCCGCCACACGCUGCAGACAGAAAAGGAAAGUGUGGGUGAUGUCGCUAGAAAAGAAAGCAGAGGAGCUCACCCAAACCAACAUGCAGCUGCAGAAUGAGGUCACCAUGCUAAAGAACGAGGUGACACAACUGAAACAGCUUUUAUUGACACAUAAGGAUUGUCCCAUCACCACCAUGCAGAAAGAGUCUCAAGGUUACCUCAGUCCAGAGAGCAGUCCGGCAGGAAGUCCCACCCCUGUAACCCAGCAGCAAGUCAUCCAGCACAAUACCAUAACCACCUCCAGCACAGCACCCAAUCACCGCACAGAUAUUAACCCCAUUCACUAGAGACUCCACCCCAGACGCCCCCACCAUGCUGGACAUCCUGACUGCAAAUUCUGGACAGACACACACACCUCUGUUCCUCUGUGGCAGCUUAUUCUUCUGUUUGUGAUUUGUAAAUGUAAACUGAUUACAAUUUUGCUUAGUUCUCUGUGUUUAAUGUUUUCAUUUGAAUCUGCUUAAAAAAGGGAGUCUGCAUAAAUCAUCAGGCACCAUCUCACUUGUCAAGGACAUCAUUAAUGGAAAUGCAACUGUUACAUCUGUUCCUGGAUUGCUACUGGACCACUGCCUUUACAAAUUACAGAAUUCAGAUAGCUGGAUAGCUUUUGAAAUGAAUUUUCCAUUGCCAAAAAGAUGCUGUCCUUUGCUUUCUGUUUAUUGAUAUAACAAUUACUCUCACAUUGCCCUUUUUAUCAAAUUCAAAAGGAUAAAUUAGGAUGGUCAGUCUCCAUUGGGAGUUCCUAAUGAAAGUAACCUGAAGCAAUAUUGAAUCUCUGACAUGCUCAGCAAUCUGAUUGUCUUCACUUGCUCACUCGGACCAGAAUCUAGAUCAGAUUAAGUUCAACCUAUUAGCUCCUGUCAUUUCAGAUAUAAUUUCAGAAGUUAUCUUCAUAAAACAAAACAGCUUUCACUCCUAAGCUGGUACAGAUCAUGUCAAUGGAAUGCAUUUAUCAAGCUCACACAGGCGUCUGUGAUCAAAUGCCCUGCUGAACAUGUGUGAGAUUUCGGAGUAUUCCCAGAGUGGCGAGAUCACAGCUGCAAUAGUGCUGCACCAGGAAGACAUCUCACUUGGUGUUCGAACGUUUCAGAAGACACCCUCAGCUGUUUCAUUUUAAGAUGGUUUAACAUCUGGUCAGAUUUACCCCUGGUCCUCGUCUGUUUGCAUAUUACUUCUACUGGCAGUUCAUUUCGGUAUCUGUUUUGGAUCAGCAAGUGGACUAAGUAAUUUGCACAUACUUCAGUACAUUUUUAUAUAUGUUUUGUGCUCAUAUGUUCCAACCACAUUCAAAACACACCAUCUUGAACCAGAAUAAUGCCAUUGAAAACUUUUGGAAGCUUUUGCUUUACCGGAGGCUAUGGAAAACGUCCACUGAAGCCAAAUGCAUAGUUAAAUGCUACUUAAAAUUAGCUUUCAUUUUGGCUGGAAAUAUUGUUUAUAUCUUCCUCGGGCAUUCUGACUGUGAGGUAAAUUAAAUUUAAUAGGAUUAAAUGUAAUAGGAUAUAUUUUGAUACAUCCCAGUUCGUAGUCCUGGUUUGUUUGGUGCCUAGGAAAUCAUAUGAGGCUUCCUUCUUGACAUGGACCAUGGUAAAUUCUGCACUUGACUAUAGUACUUCUAUCAAAGGUUCUGGAUGUUCAGGUGUUGAUUUUGAAAUUGAUGAUUUUGAGAUACAGUCAGCAACUUACUGUAACGGGCCGUUCACCAAGAAUGCAUUUUCGCGUUUAUAAAAUGCAAAAGGUAGUUUGCAGUGCAAUGCCAUUUUGUUGGUUGUCUCAAUCACAAAAUCCUUUCAGUUCACUGGAAUGUUUGCUUCUUAAAAAAAUCUUACAAUGCACACAAAACCAGGGCGCAUUUAUGUUUACUGUGUUCCCUUACCAGAAAAUAUAUCCCAUUUUCUGAACCGCCUCAACUUAGUACAUAUCAUUACACAAUAGAAGUUUUGAUGGUGGCAUUUUACAACCCAGAAACAGUGUCUCAAUGUGUUAUGAGCCAGGGUUCUUACCAGUGCCAGUACACUGAUUCACAACCUAGGUAGCUGAUUGAGACACUCCCAAAUAAACGUCACGCAAUGGAAUGUGAAAAUGCAUUCUGUGUGAACUGCCCUAAUAAUAACAUUCCAAGGUGAACUUUGUAAGGGUUGUGUGGGCAAGGUCCCAUAUACCUCAUGAGAGUAUGAUCAUGGACCGAUGAUCUAUAAUUUGGCCACUGUCACUUUAAGAUAUUGAGUCCUCAAUACCUUAAAGACUGUGACACACCAAAUGAACACUAAUGAACUAGCGCAGAAGAAAGGCGACUGUUGUUGUCUUGCGUUGCAUGUGUUUGGGCCAAAAAGUGGCUGCAAAGGCUAUAACCAAAGGCCACCUAGUAUGCACAUUCUGUAUAAGCGUGAAAGGAAAUAACUUUCCAUACCAGCAGGUGGCAGUAGUUGGCAACAGUGUUCAACAUUCAAAAAGGGAAACCAAACUACAGAUAU